GUGAGCCAAGAAGGUCAGUCGUGUGUGUAAGGGCAACGGGUCGUUGGUAUUCUGAGGCGUGCAUGUGUUUAUGCACAGAGAUAUAUUAUAGGAAUAUACAUUUAUAAUAUUCUCUCGUGAUCUCAUAAACGCCACUCACAAGGAACUGAUCAAAUCUUUGCUGUCGCAGCAGUUGUCAUUUGGUAGUCAAACGACUCGGGAUCACUUUCGUCAAGUCUCGCAACGACACUUAGUUCGAUACUAGCGUCGAAGCUACAACGUAUAUUUUUUCUUUACGUCGCAGAUUCAGAAUUUAUAAUUCCUGUGAAACCAGUUAUAAUAUUAUUCAAGAAAGGCAUACUGCGGUUGCUAUAGUUUCUGUAGUUUGUGUAAAAGUCCCGUGUUUGCAGAUUUGGUACCGCGGUAUCGCUUCCCUUUCCACGUUAAACAAUGAUAUCCCCCGUAUAUAUCAUCCUUGGCAUUUCUUUUGUAUUUUUUGUUUAUUAUAUUUUUUAUCGCAAAACCCUUCGACUUCCGCCGGGACCAUCCGGCAUCCCGGUACUCGGUUAUUUGCCCUGGAUAGAUUCUGAACGUCCUUACGUGUCGCUGACAAAUCUGGCGAGGAAGUACGGACCGAUAUGUGGACUACGGAUGGGCUCGGUUUAUACGAUCUUGCUGUCGGAUCCUCAGCUGGUAAGACAGGCCUUUGCGAAGGAUGUGUUUGCCGGUAGGGCUCCGCUCUAUUUAACGCAUGGAAUAAUGCAGGGACACGGCAUCAUUUGUGCUGAGGGUGAUCUUUGGAAGGACCAGCGAAAAUUCGUAGCAGGAUGUCUGAAGAAUUUCGGUAUUAUGAAAUUACCCAGCUUUAAAAGGGACAGGAUGGAGACAAGGAUUCUCACAGCCGUGAACGAAUGCAUAUCGAAAUUAAAAGAUCGCGCUACGGAGGAUGGUAUCGAUCCGCUGGAGACACUUCAUCACUGCGUGGGCAAUAUGAUGAACGAUCUCGUAUUCGGUAAAGUUUACAAGGAAGACGACGAGGUGUGGAAGUGGUUGAGAUAUAUGCAGGAGGAAGGAGUCAAGCAUAUCGGUGUCGCAGGCCCGCUCAACUUUUUGCCAUUCCUCAGAUUUUUACCACGAUAUGGAAAAAUAAAAACGUCCCUUAUCGAUGGACAACGGAAAACGCAUCAAAUAUAUCAAACGUUUAUCGAUGAGCAUCGUGCUCGGCUUGAAAAGACGGAUAAUUUUCUUGCGGCUUUCGACGAUGUAAUGAGAAACAAUGCGGACGAUCCCGGAUACUUUACGCAAACUCAGUUUCAUCAUUUAUUGGCCGAUCUUUUUGGCGCAGGCACCGAUACGACCCUUACGACUCUUCGUUGGUUUCUGCUCUUCAUGGCGAUACAUCCAGUCGAGCAAAAAAAAAUUUACGAUGAAAUGAACGAACUGUUGGGACAAAAGCCGUCCAGUUUGGAGGACAGACUUGUUUUAAUUCGACUGGAAGCUGCAAUUGCGGAGACACAAAGAUUGCGAAGCGUUACACCGCUUGGCAUUCCUCAUGGGACAAUCGAGGACACGCAAAUAGGCGAUUAUGACAUACCGAAAGAUACCAUGAUUGUUCCGCUGCAGUGGGCUAUUCAUACGGAUCCUUCAUAUUGGCACGAUCCGCUCUCUUUUAAACCCGAAAGAUUUAUCGCUGAAGAUGGAAGUCUUGCCAAACCGAAAGCUUUUUUACCUUUUCAAGCGGGUAAGCGUAUGUGCAUCGGUGACGAAUUCGCCAAGAUGAUAUUAUUUCUCUUUUGUGCGAGAAUUCUUCGCACAUUUGUUAUAUCUGUACCACCCGAUACACACAUCGAUCUGGAAGGCGAAUGCGGAAUUACUCUGGUUCCAAGACCGCAUCGGUUGGUUUUCACGCUGCGAAAAUAAAUUUACAUAUAAUAAUAUUUUUUUAUACUUAUUAAUAUUACAAAUUAUACAUAUAUAAAAUUA